AUUGAGUUUCUCAUCGACUACUAUGAGAAUGGUGGGAAAGUUGCCGAACCGGGCCAAACUAUUUGGCUUGUAGAUGGCGUGGUCGUCAACAAGAUGCCCAAGGGUUCUACUGGUAAAGCAAUAUGGAGGGAAGCGAGUAUAGGCCAUCAACUUAUGCAGUCAAGCCCAGCUGCUUUGGCAGUAGAUUCUUACGAAUAGAAAAUAUUUCUAUUCUAAAGCCUUGGGUUGAUUGUAAUAAUAGUCGGGAGCUAUACAAAUGGCGCAGGCAACGUCCUUUGGGUUAAAUGCUUCUGGAAGCAUGCAUGAGAUUCUUGCCAGGUUCCGACUCCCAGCGAUGUUUGGUGGUGACCCAAGUAUUACUACUGCCGUCGAGAUCAUGAACGACACUGGCUCAAAUAUUCAGACCGUCUUAUUAAUAGAUUUAGCGGCACUCCAGUACAAUCCAUUGACGUACCUUGGCGACCUUGGUGCGUAUCCUAUAGAGACAACCAAUGGCAUCGCAUAUCGGCAGCAGAUCAUGAUAGAGAUGCAAAUUAUCAAGCUGGAUGGUACCUCUGUUACAGGGUGGUUUGAGGAAGUCGCAGCAAUUUUUCCUGGAACGGGUAUACAAUACCGGCUCUCAGGAGAUGCGAUGCGGAACCACCUUUACUUUGCGACUGCUCCGGGCAAUGCGACUCUCUUUGUUGCGGUGAAGAGGAAUGGUCUUAUGAGUCAACUCCCUGUUGUGUAGAUCAAUAUGGCCCGUUUUGACAAGACUAUUACGUCUUGACCAUGUUGCAUGAGC